UGGUGCGGUGUAAGAGGUUGUGUAUUUUUUAUAUAAAUUUUGCUAUUUGGUAAUUUGCUUUGUCAGUUUUACUUGAAUAACCAUUUAUAUUAAAUUAUCUUGCACAUUCACUAAGAAAUUUCAUCAGAACGAAGGAAAGAUAUAGCAGGACAAUAUAGGGAAAACCUUGCCCCCGGUGGCUGAGGCCCAAGAUUCUUGAACCACCCACCUCUCAAAGACUCUCCACCCACCUUGUUCAAAAUGGCUUAUCGGUAUACAAGAACUAGUGUUAGAACAUCAAAGCCGGCCCAGCAGCACCUGAAUCACAACUUUGUCAGUGGCGGCUCAGUGCCACGGCACAACUCUCCGCUGGUGCAGGUCACCCCGACCCAACAGCAGGUCACUGCGACCCAACGGCAGGUCACCCCAACCCAGCAGCAGGUCACUCCGACCAAACAGCAGCAGCCGGCUCAGAUGGCUCCAGCGGCCGUGAAGCCCGAGGCCAACAAUAAGGUCGACAAGGAUGGAGACGUGGCAAUGAACGCCGCUGACUCGCCUAUCGACCUCGAGCAGUUCAAGGCCGAAAAACGAGAGUUCUUCCUCAAACUGAAGAAGGCCUCGGCCGGUGUCAGCAAAAAGGACAAGAAGCAGCUGAUGCAGCGCAAACUGCGGAAGCAGGUGGCACCCAAGAACGCGACUGUGGUGCUGCAGGAGAUCCGGUCCGGGGUGCAGUACCAGCUGACCCCGGUGGCCGGCGCCACGCCGCCCAUGUUCACAGCAGUGGUGGAGGUGGACGGUAAGCAGUACCAGGGCAUGGGCAGCAACAAGGCUCUGGCGCGCGCCGCCGCCGCCGAGAGGGCGCUCCAGUCGUUCGUGCCCACCAAGGACACCAAAGAAGCCACCAAGCCCGCCACCGAGCCGGCCGGCGCGGGCGGCGAGCAGGCGGACGGGGACGGCCCGGAGGACACCACGCCCUGGUCGGCGCUGGCCAGCUUUGCGCUGCACAAGCUGUUCUGCGACUGGCGUCAGGGCCGGGUGGGCACGCCGCUGAGUGUGGAGUCGGCCGGACCGCCGCUGGCAGCCGGCGUCGCUCCCGGCGUCCCCACCCCUGCUGCCCAGCUGUCAGCGGCUCUUACUGCGGCCACCCCCGCAGCCAACAACGCCGCCCCGGCGGGUGCUGCUGCCGCCAAACCGGCUACGCCGAAGCAGAAGCCGGCCAAGACGCUGCCGACGGACGCGGCGUCCCGGCACGCGGUGAUGCUGCUGCACGAGAUGCGGCCCACGGUGACGUUCGAGGCUUCAGAGCCGCAGGAGCGACACUCGGCCGAGGGUCGGGUGGAGCACUGCAUCACAAUGACGGCCAAUGUGGACGGGCAACAGUUCACCGCCACCGCGCGUAACAAGAAGGAAGCGAAGCGCCUGGCGGCUGAGGCGGCCAACACAGCCCUAUUCGGACUGCAGUACGCCGCCAAGAUGGAAUAGUGGACGGCGCCGGCCCUCACUGCGUCCCGCGGCGGCUGCGGAACCUAACGGUCUCCUGACUUUAACCUUGCUACAAUUUUACCCCCGACCUCUGAGGCAGCAGUAGAAACUGUCUCCUGUUCGAUCAGUUUAGGUUUAUUUUGUAAUUCAUGGACGCGUUUAUAGCAUUAGACCACUCUCUGUUUCGGUGUUGUGUAGCGUUCAUACAUGUGACCACCGGCGCGUCUGUUAUUGUGUGCGUGGACCGUACACGCACCCCAUCAGCCGUAUUUGGCAGAGAGCACUGUCGUGGCACCUCAUCACGCGCGCGGCUGGCGGACGGGCCGGCCCGCCACUGCGGAUGGCGCGGCGGACAGCGGAAUCGGUACAAAAUACACGGCGCCGUCGGCGUCACUGCGACG